UGCCCCGGAGGAGAGGCGGGCCUGCGAGCGGGUUGCUGGGAGCGUCGAGCUGCUGUUGCUGCGGCGGCGGCGGUGGAAAAUGGCUGCCGCGGAGGCGGUGGACACUCAGCUGAUGCUCGGAGUCGGCCUGAUCGAAAAGGACACAAAUGGAGAAGUUCUGUGGGUGUGGUGUUAUCCUUCCACGACAGCUACUUUAAGGAAUUUACUGCUGAGAAAAUGCUGCCUUACAGAUGAGAGCAAACUUCUCCAUCCCUUCGUCUUUGGUCAGUACAGAAGAACAUGGUUUUAUAUCACAACAAUCGAAGUUCCAGAUUCUUCAGUUUUGAUAAAGGUGACUCAUUUUUCUAUUGUUCUGACCGCCAAAGAUUUUAACCCAGAGAAAUAUGCCGCCUUCACUAGGAUAUUGUGUAGAAUGUACCUGAAACAUGGGAGCCCAGUUAAAAUGAUGGAGAGUUACAUUGCAGUUCUCACAAAGGGGAUAUGCCAGAGUGAAGAAAAUGGCUCUUUCCUUAGUAAGGAUUUUGAUGCCCGAAAGGCCUAUCUUGCAGGCUCCAUCAAAGAUAUUGUAUCUCAGUUUGGAAUGGAAACUGUUAUCUUACACACAGCGCUGAUGCUAAAGAAAAGAAUUGUUGUCUAUCACCCCAAAAUAGAAGCUGUCCAGGAGUUCACCAGGACUCUGCCUGCCCUGGUGUGGCAUCGACAGGACUGGACCAUACUUCAUUCCUAUGUGCACCUGGAUGCCGAUGAGCUGGAAGCCCUGCAGAUGUGCCCAGGUUACAUCGCUGGAUUUGUGGACUUGGAGGUGAGCAAUAGAUCAGACCUCUAUGACGUGUUUGUGAAUCUGGCAGAUAGUGAGAUUACCAUUGCUCCACUUGCAAAAGAGGCCAUGACAAUGGGCAAACUACACAAAGAAAUUGGCCAGCUCAUUGUUCAGUCUGCAGAAGAUCCGGAGAAAUCAGACAGCCAAGUUGUACAGGAUAUUUCCCUAAAAACGAGAGAAAUCUUCACCAACCUGGAACCAUUUUCAGAAGUUUCUGGUGAUGGAGAAAAGCUAGUUCUCAAUUUUGAGGCCCUAAAGCAAAGACGAUUUCCACCAGCAACAGAAAACUUCCUUUACCAUCUAGCGGCAGCUGAGCAGAUGCUGAAAAUCUGACUGUGACGGUGUAUCACUGAUGAAUGAUAGAAAGCUCUCUCACCACGAUUAUCCACUAACUAUGUAAAAUACUGAAAAUAACAAUGAAAAUGUUAUAUUUUUAAUGAUUUAAUUGAAAGUAUUGCGAUUUGACCUGAAAAAGCCCUGAAACACAUAUGAAAACCCUUUCUCUUUUUCUCCUGAUUGGUUUCCUGCCUGCGCUCAGUGUUGGACAAAGUGCUGUAACCACCAUAAAUAACAUUAGCAAUGGCGUGGCGUCCUGGAGUAAGAGAGAAAAAGCUCUGCCAAGUUCUUGUGCAAAUCACAGCAAACCCAAAAGCCUUCAUUAUUAUAAGUUCCAGUUGUCUCAUUGCGUAGCCACCAACUAACAGUUUAUUUUCAGAAAGCUGCCUGAAAUUUUGCUUUAUAUUCUUCUAGGAAGAACUUUUAUUCCUCAUGAGGAACUCUACUUUCUGAGCCAAACUAAGUUUUCUGCAGAACAGUCUAGAAGAUCAUUCAGAAAAGAUCCUGCAGUUGCACUUUCUUGUAAAAGAAAAGAAUUUUUUUUUCUUGGCCUUUGAACAUUUUUGCCUAUGAGGAUUUUGCAUAAAUUUUAUACUUGAGUAGACAACUUUAACAAUCCAUAUUUAUACUGUCGCAGAGGUAAGCAUCUGGCCAACGUAAGCCACUAGGACUCUUUCAUUAACCCUGUUGCUGGCAAUGUUCUUUUGAAAAAGAUGCCAGUCCUUAUAUGGUGGAGUAAAAUAAGAAGCCCAUUUUGGAUGUAAAUAUGUAAGUGGGACAGCAUCUUUCUGUAAUUGCCAAGGCCAAGACCAGAGAGUGUCUUCAGACUUCCGUAAUUUGACCACAUAUGAAGGUAACUGUUCUUGUUCAGGUUAUGUAUCUUUUUCAUAGUUGGAGACCUAAAAGUCACAAAAUAAGCAUGGAGGUCUAAAUUAUGUAUUUGUUAUUUUAUUCUAUGUACUCAAAUUAGUUACGAAAGGUUAUUUUACACUCACUACUGUUGUCCUUAGAAAUCUUACCUACCCAGAAAAAUGUUUGUAAAAAAAUCUUUAUUAGAUCUUUUAUUCUUUGUGUUAGACAUUUGUUGAGUAAAAAUAAAAAAUAGCCUUUUUCCCUCCCUCCUUGGGUGGGGGCAGGAGAGGAUGUGGAAUGAGGUGAUGUUUCUAAGGCAAACAAUUGAAAAUUAAAUCUGCACUUUAUGAAAACGAAUAUGAACAUCUUUAUCUCCCUCAUUUUUUGUAUUGCUAUAUCAGCUAAUGAUCAACGUUGUUAAAAUUACAGAUUAUGAUGCAGAAAUAAAAUGGAAAUACUUUGAUACUC